CGUCUUUUGCCAGGACUAUCCCUUUGACCUCUUAAAACUAAGACUUUGUAACCUUCAGCUCUCCAAAGCAAGUGAGUCCACAGGCCAGAGGCCUUCAGAUGAGCUCAUCAGAGGGGAGGAGGUGGCUGCUUCCUCUCAGAACUCCAGAGCCCUCAUUCUUUCUGGCUAUGUCAGAACCCAGAUCAUUUCCCUCAUAAAACAAAACAAAACAAAACCAAACAAACAAAAAUGUUAGCCUUUGCCCUUUAUCUGACUGGCAAAGCUUUUAAUUGGCUUGCUCUGUCAUACUGCUAGACAUAAAGGGGACAAUCCCUGGAUUAAGAAGUAGUUCUCCAGCUGGGCUAGGGAGUCUGGAGCCAAGAUAGGAAGAAUUGAAGAGCCAGAGAAAACGUCCCUUCUCUGAGGGGACAGCAGAGAUGGGGAGUGGCAUCAGUGCUGAGGACAAAGAACUUGCCAAGAGGUCCAGGGAGCUGGAAAAGAAGCUGCAGGAGGAUGCUGACAAGGAAGCCAAGACUGUCAAGCUGCUGCUGCUUGGUGCGGGAGAGUCAGGGAAGAGCACGAUCGUCAAACAAAUGAAGAUCAUUCACCAGGAUGGCUACUCACCCGAAGAAUGCCUAGAAUUCAAAUCUGUCAUCUAUGGGAACGUGUUGCAGUCCAUCCUGGCUAUCAUCAGAGCCAUGUCCACACUAGGCAUUGACUAUGCUGAACCAAGCUGUGCGGAAGCGGGGAGACAGCUCAACAACCUGGCUGACUCCACCGAGGAGGGGACCAUGCCUUCCGAGCUGGUGGAGGUCAUCAGAAAGUUGUGGAAGGACGGUGGAGUUCAAGCCUGCUUUGACAGAGCCGCAGAGUUCCAGCUCAAUGACUCGGCAUCUUAUUACCUGAACCAGCUGGACCGGAUUACAGACCCUGACUACCUCCCUAAUGAGCAAGACGUGCUUCGAUCCAGAGUCAAGACAACAGGCAUCAUCGAGACCAAGUUUUCUGUAAAAGAUUUGAAUUUUAGAAUCGCAUGCAUGAGUCUCUACAUCUGUUCAACAGCAUCUGUAACCACAAGUUCUUUGCGGCUACUUCCAUUGUUCUCUUUCUCAACAAGAAGGACCUCUUUGAGGAAAAAAUUAAGAAAGUCCACCUCAGUAUCUGUUUCCCGGAGUAUGACGGCAACAAUUCCUAUGAGGAUGCCGGGAAUUACAUCAAGAGUCAGUUCCUUGACCUCAACAUGAGGAAAGAUGUCAAAGAGAUCUACAGCCACAUGACUUGUGCUACGGACACACAGAACGUCAAAUUUGUGUUUGAUGCAGUCACAGACAUUAUCAUCAAGGAAAACCUCAAGGACUGUGGGCUCUUUUAAUGCUCGGUUCCUCCGAUAUAUUAUUUUAUAAGCAAGCUUAGAAUCCGAGGCUUCAUGCAGAAAAUUAGUCAACACGUAUCAGAACAUGACAAAUGAGCCCAUCGAGUUGGUGACAGAGAAGACGUUCACAACUGUUAGUAGUGUGGCCAGCACACUUUAAAGACGGCAUGGCCAGUGAUCCUAAAGCCCAGGUUUGAGUACUGGCUUCUCUGUGAUGAAGGUAACUCCCUCGCUUACUUUACAGGGUCAUUGUGAAGAGCACAAACAUAACUGAAGGGAGGCACAGGAUGGCUGCUGUGGUUGGCCACAGAAAGCCGCCAUGACAGCUCCAAUUGAUGGGCUACCAUACUUGGGAUUAAUAAACUAUCUCAGAGCCUAACAGCAAGCGUUCCUUACAUUGAGCGAUAAAGUAUUAAAAAUUGCUCCUGCCCGUGUUUUUACUGGCAGAUGCAUAUGCCUCAGCUCAGAGACCUGCCUCACGGCCGGAAAGACGUGCACUCAUUUCUAAGGAACUCACUCAAAAAUGAUCAUCUUUAUUACAAAACAAUUCCCCCUCUCCUGCAUCCCGGGUUCCCAGUUUUCUUUUUCUAUGUAAAUAACGGCUUAGCUCUCAAGAGUGUCAGACUGAACUUGAGGACAUCAAUACACUCCCACUUAGGCCUUUAUGGCUGUCACUUCUGUAUCACAGAAUUUGAACAAGUGAGCAAUCUGACUUCUCAUUCCAACUGCUCCGUGUUCCACAGGAACAAAAACGGUUGCUGAGCUUGCUUGAGGCACUGGAAAUUUUUGCAGCUGGGUCCAUGUGAGGUUGGCUGCAAACAUCUUCCCAAACAAGCCAGGGAUAAAUUAUUCCUUUGAACUCCUCAGAGGCGGGAAAUGAAGCUUGCAUUUAUCUUGACAGGAGGUGGUGAAGCCAUGUAUAGAUUUAGCAUUUACAACCACUAGUGAGGAACGCACUUGGCAUCCAUGGUUUAGUAUAUAAAAGAAAGUGUCAAUUAAAAUGAAAGUCUGCUCCUUGCCAGAAACACCCAUUCACACGUAGCUGCUUCCAGCAAUAUUAAUAGUGGAGAGCCAGGCAGACUCAUGAGCUUGAAAUGCACCGAAGAACCGGACACUGCUGAAACACGCAUGCUUGCCCAUACUGUGAGUGUGCACACCCACACGUGUACACACACACACACACACACACACACACACACACGCAUCAACCUGCCAGAAUUACCACAAGAACUGCUCUAAAUAUGGCUACUAACAAUUUAAAAACAAAAAGAACUAAACACAAAAAUAAAUAAAUGAACCCCACCUGGGCAAAGCAUCUCUCAAGAGGGGACAUAAAGACUACGUUGAACGGCAUGGCCCAGCCACCAGCACUGCUCACUCUCACACAGCAUAUUGUGAUUCUGAGUUGUAAAUCAUGAACCCCUCUAGCAGGAUGAAGGCUAUGGAUCUCUUUUCAGAGUAAUAUUGGUUUUUCUGAUGAGAUGGGGUCUCACUGUAUUGUCAACACUGUUCUUGAAUUUGUGAGUUCAAGAGAUCCGCCCGCUCCAGUCGGGCAAACAGCCAGGACUACAGACAUGGACCAACACACCCAUCUCAGACUGUGUUUUUUAAAAGUGAUCCCUUCUUAUUUUACGAGUGUUUUGCCUGCAUGUACGUCUGUGCACCACUGCAUGCAGGUGCUUGCUGAGGUCAGAAGAGGGUAUCAGACCCCUGAAGUUAGAGUUACACAUGAUGUGAGCCACCAUGUGGGUGCUGGGAAUGGAACCCAGCUUCUCUGGAAGAGCAGCCUGUGUUUCUAAACCACGAAGCCCUCACCCUGAUCCUUCAGAGCCACAGAGGAAACAAGCAAAUGAAACAAUUGUAUUAUCUGUAGACUCUGGAGCUUAAGACACUGAGAAACAGCCAGGAGCGCUGUCACACAGCUUUAAUUCCAGAACUGUGCUCAGGAGGCAGAGGCAAGAGGAUCUCUGAGUUCUAAGCCACCCAGGGCAACAUAAUGAAACCUCAAAAGAACAGAAACCCGAGUACGAUCGUCCACUCAGGCCCCAAACAAGUUUGCCCCACAUGCUCCACACAGGAGAGCUUCCCUCUGCACUUAGUUGGACUGCUCGCUUUUGAUCUCUUUGGCCACUAACAUUCACACGAGACUUGUCUUUUAGUGUAAGAAUCAAUGCAACUCGACCAUAAAAUUCACCAGAACCAGAGCUGCAUCCUUGUCCUCUCCUGCUUUCCGACCGGCAUUUUAAUGUUUGGCCAGCUUGCAAAUUCACAUAAUUUGCCUUGCAUGCACAUCUCACAAAAUUACUUUCUAGGGAAACAUAGAACAGCAACUCCUUAAAGGACCGUGUCACCACUGUUUCUUUAAUUGGUGUUUGGAUGUGGAUGCCCACAUAGAAUGUUUUCAAGUUAAAGUGCCCCGCUGCAGAGCCUAACACCUUGGGCCCUGGUCACCCUCACAUCUGUACCUUAGAACAAAGUCAGAAUGACUUUCUGAAACUCAGCCUGGACUCCUCUCCAAGGAGAGAGGGAAACAUAGUUACUGUUGCUUUAUCCCUUACUGCAGCUUAACCUGGCAGGCUGAGAAUGUCCCUCCACUCCACUGCAGAGCCACAAAGUCAAUUUGUACUUCUGCAUGAACAGCCUGCUUUGGCUUUUUACCUGCCUGCCUGCCCGCCCACCCGCCACCCGCCCGCCCACCCGCCACCCGCUUGCUAUUAAAAACCCACCUGUCUCUGCCUCCCUAUUGCUGGGCUUAAAGGCAUGCACAACCAUACCAGGCUAAAUGGCCUAUUUUUAUCUCAGGCAUUUUGAUUAUGUACACAGAAAGCUUGUAUAGAAAACGAAAAGGCUUAAAACCAAAUCUACACCAUAAAUUGUUAUCUUUUGUUUCUUCUGCCUUAUUAGAAAUUACUACUAAAUGAAAUAUUCUUUAUAAGCUGACAGAAAUUCUUUUCACUAAUAAGAACAGAUACCAAGCCUAUUUUCUUCUACUGUGAACUUACUUAGGGGCUGGAGAGAUGGCUCAGCGGUUAAGAGCACUGACUGCUCUUCCAGAGGUCCUGAUUUCAAUUCCCAGCAACCACGUGGUGGCUCACAGCCAUCUGUAAUGGGAUCUGAUGCCCUCUUCUGGUGUGUCUGAAGACAGCUACAAUGUACUUAUAUAUAACAAAUAAAUCAAUCUAAAAAAAAAAAUCUGAAUUCAAAAGGAACCCGACUAAGAUGAGUAGGUUCCCUAACAGAAUUAACAGUUGUAAAAGUAUAAGCAAAUUUGGCUGGUUGACAGCAUGACCUUAGGGUGCUCUUAGAUGGCAGUGAAAGACUGGUAUGCAUUUCCCUGCCACAGCAUGAUUAAAGGACGCUGGUGACAACCUGAAUAGACUGCUAAGUUUCACAGAAAUCUGAUAGUUGCUUUUUUUAAAAUACUAUGAUAACAUGACAGAACAAAUGCUGUAUAGAUCCACUUAUCUGAACUAUGUAAAACUAGAAGGAAGAGGGAGCUGAAGUGACUGUUUGGUAGUUAGAGCUUCCAAUUAAGAGAGGAAGUUGGGGCUGGGGAUUUAGCUCAAUGGUAGAGCGCUUACCUAGGAAGCGCAAGGCCCUGGGUUCGGUCCCCAGCUCCGAAAAAAAAGAACCAAAAAAAAAAAGAGAGAGAGGAAGUCAAUUUUGGAGAUGGAUGUGCAAAGGUGGAAUGGACUUAAUGCUCUUCAACUGGACACUUAACUAUAAAACUUGGGGCCUCUUGUUAUGUGUUUUUCCUGCAAUAAAGAUAAUGGAAAAUAAUUAGAACUAUGCUGGUACACUUGGAGGGUAAAGGGAUGACGCAUGACAGCAGUGCCAGCCAUCAGUCUUGAGAGCAAUAUAAGAGACUCACAUACUUUAACUGUCCCUACUUAGACCAUAACACACCACUCAAUCAGUAUCCCUGUCACUCUCAAGGUGCCACAACGGCACUCUAGCCUCUCUCUCUACUUGAAGAUAUGCCACAGACCAGAAUGCUGGCAGCGCUGGGAGAAGGGAGCCAAUCAUGAAGGACACUGAUCUCCCACUGUCCUCUCUGCCCAGCACAGCCCCCAGCACAGAUUCUAGCAGGACUUUCCAGCUGGCCAGGGACUUCAGGUGCCAGGGCCUCUGGUGGUGUGGCCUGGUGACAACAUGACGUUUCUGUGAGGUAAGAUAGGCAUACUGAGCUAGAGGAAGGGAACAUACCAGCAAGAAUGGAAAAUAAAGAUGGCUGAAAUAUAAAACAAAGACCUUUACCCUGCUUCACAGGGUAAACAAAUUCUCACGAUGGAUAUGGGGGAGUGAGGCUAUGCACCAGCUACUAAGUCUGUGUGUUGUAUGACAUGUUGUUGUUUCUUGUAGUGUAGUCAAAUUCUGACUAUCAUAAAGCACAUUCUAUCUCCACAUGUUCUAUCUGGCCAGAACUCUAGAAUAUCGCACUUAGAACAAUUUAGUGUAACCUAUCUUUGAACAACACAAGAGCAGUGUAAGCCAGAAAGUGACCUGCUCAGAAAGUUCAUGGCUUAGGGAGAAGCCAAGGAAAGAACGGAACUCAGCACUGCUCCAGGUGAUUCUGUUUCCUAAGGUUUCUAAGAGCUAUCAGGACUGUUGUCUGACACGAACAAAGAUAAGAAGAAAGAAAAAGUAAUUUCUUGCGUAUCCAUUCACCUUUGGGAAAUCUCAACAGUGAAAAUGUCCGAGUAGUCCCACAGAGGUGGGCCUGGGGGUAGGUAAGUUACCUAAGCCAGAACACGGGUCAAUUUGGCCAAUGCUAAUACGCUGCACUAGUGUACCAGGAAAAUCACUUCUGCUACCCUAUGACCUGCAAGUGCAUACUCCCCCCAUUGUUACAUAAAGUCACUGGUCACAAGACGGUCAAACCUGUCACUGAAUAUAUAUAAAUGCUAUAUACAAAUGAAGUAGAUAGAAACUACUGUUUGGGUGUCCAAGUCUUUUUGAAAUUUUGAAGAGAACGAAGUACUCUGCACCUAAGAUGUGGAAACGUACUUUGACCCAACCGUCCUUGCAUCAGUUGUUUGUAUGAAAGGCACUUUGCAGACACGUGUAAAAUAAUUUUUUAACAAGGGACAUUUUUAUUUUUUACGUAUGACUGUCCUACCUACAUCUAUGUACAUGUAUCACUUUUAUCUGGCGUCUUCAGGGGGUGUCAGGGUCCCAGGAACUAGAGGUUUGGACGGCUGUGAGCUGUCAUGUGGGUAUUGGGAACUGAAGCCAGGUCCUUGGGAAGAGCAGAUGCUCUUAACUCUUGAGCCAUCUCCCGGGCACCCAGAAGUGUUUCUAAAUUACUGAUAAGAAUAAAAACUAGGGGUUGGGGAUUUAGCUCGGUGGUAGAGCACUUGCCUAGCAAGCGCAAGGCCCUGGGUUCGGUCCUCAGCUCUGAAAAAAAGGAAAAAAAAAAAAAAAGAAUAAAAACUAAGUCACUCACUUGUGACUUUGAGAUUAUGCCUAUUCUUUAAUGAAUAAAUGUAUUCUUAAUAUCAGAGUCUCUUCUGUUGCCCUCAACUACUGGCACAAUUGCUUAAGCAAUUCAGUAAAAAGCACAUUUCUCUAGGAUGCCUUUGAGUUUUAAUUUAGUUCAGUUUAGCAGGAGAAUCUAUGUAAGUUAGCCAUGUACCUGGGGUGUGACCUCUUACUCCUGAGAAGAUCUAAAGUGUCAGGCCUAGACAUGGAAUUAAAGGAAAAAAAAUUGUACUACCUCCCCUGGCUCAUUCUAAAGUAUGUUGUCCUCCACAAAAAGGGGGUGGGUAUAUUUAAAUGAAGACCUUGGCCAUUCUGGAAAUCAGUUUCCUAGCAUCUAGAAAAUCUUUAUUUUCGUUUCCUAAUAAUCCACAUAAAAACCAAGCUUCCACAGCAAGCUGGUAGACAAUCUGUAUUUUCUCUUGUGCAUAUCGGGAACAAUAUAAUAAUGUAUGAGGUCACAGAGUCACAUGGAGAGCUGUGUCCCCAUGUCAGGUCUCUGGUUUGUACUGUAGAAGAACACAGUAGUUACCUGGUAAUAGAGGCAGAAGAAAAUAACAUUUUCCUUCAAGUCAGUAAAACAUAAGAAAUGUAAGAGUCCAGGUGCUGACACUCACCAACCCAAGUGCUGGUGUAGACUAGAUGACCCUGAUCAACGACCUUACCAUCUGGAAGAGGGCAGGAAGGUUUUAACCAGAACGAGACUUUCCAUGUGCCUUCAAUCCACUGAGGAAUCCUGCAACAAGUGCUGAACGAGUGGACAGAGAUCCAAAUGUCAGGCUAAAGAGCUGCCUAAAACCACAAGUAUAAACAACGACGGGGCCGGGGAAGGCAUGUGCUGAGUGGAUGAAUUAGAAGCCAGCAGGUAUUUUUGGCUAAAGAGCCUAAAAAUAUAUGUACAAUGAUAUAUGUGAGAAUUUAGAUGUCUUAAAAUUGGUCUACUUACUGUAUGACUUCAGCACCUUGUAUAGUAACAACCCAUUGGUUAAAUGAUACCGUGAGCUACAGCUGUACAAUGUAGAAUUUAAACUAUCCAAGAUGGAAAAUAUUGUGUCAAGAUCCACUGACAAACCACUAUAUUAGUUUCUGGAAUUUCAUGGCAGAGGCUUGUAGGACAAGCCUGAAUUGAUAAGUAAAGGGAGAGUCCAUUAGGAGAAUACCUACCCAUCCAUGCUUUCACUCACGAGAAAAGGUGGCUGUCAACAACAAAGACUAUUGUUGCCAUUCUCCCAACUAAGGUCUACUUACUGUCUUUUAUUAAUGAAAUGUUAAAUGUUCUUAGUUGACAUCCAGGAUGGUCCAAAGGUCUGGCCACCUCGAUGUAAACACUACCCACCAUGAAACAUGAGCAUUUUCCAGAGAAAACACCUAACUUGGCUUCUUUAACUCUAAGGAUCAACCUUUCUUUCCUCCAGGCUACUAGGAUGCUUCACUCCCACAUUCUGAUUCUGCCUAGGAAAUGUUCUUCAAAGUCCACUUUAGUGAGGAGAAAGUCUAGAUCUUACAGGUUAAAAGCCCACCGUGAGUCAAGAGACAAUCUUCAGACAGCUUUGGCGCAUUUUCCCUUGGGUCGUAUUUGAAAACUCCAAUGACCUCCCUCUGUUCUAAAGGAAGGAACCUGGGUGGUAAAGUCAGAACGAGCUCAUGUAAACACAAGGCAAAUCCAAGUGGUGUGUAGAGGCGAAGAAGUGAAGGACUUCUAUUUUUAAUUAACAGAAAGGUUUAAAAAAUAGACAUUCAAAUGAAAAUACAAAAUGCAUUCUGAAGUAAAAUUAAAUUUGGAUGAUCUAUUAUUUUAGAUUAUCAACACCAUUUUAUUAAACCCAAAGUAUAGAAAAAUUAUGAAAACAUAUUCCACUAGUUCGCAUUCCCAGAUGUUCUUAUAUUACAGAAUACAACAAAGGAACAAUAAAUUGAGAGUAAGACUUAUUAACCCCUACACUGUGGGAAUUGAGUCAAUCGCUGAUUGAAAUCAAUACUUUUCUUUCAAGUGAUACUUUCUUAGCCCUAUGGAAAUAUUUGUAAGAUAACAGUUAUACUGUCUGCAUAAUAAUGAUUUCGCAAAGACACGUAAGAAUUAAAAAUGGUAAAAGCUGCCAAUGAAGGCACUGAUCACCGUGGCUUGCUUCCCAAAGCAGUUCUGACCACCAACCUUCUUUCAAAUGAGUAGGAGGUAACAUCAAAAGAUGAACGGAUCCAAUCCACAAAGACUGGACCUCAAAAGGCACUGAUCAAACUACUGAUCUGAAAUGCUCAAAAUGCAUCCUCUGUUUGCCGUCCCUCAGUGGUCCACUCAGUGUUUAAUGACAUUUGAUACAGUCUGUACAAGAGGACUGAAGCUCUCAGCGCAAGCAAACUGUACACAUCGGACACUUGUAUGACUUGCACAGACUGGACAUAAAGCCCCCAGC